UGGGCAGGUGACACCCUGUGGGCCUCCUCCUCUUUUUCAGCUUAGUUGGCAGCCGGCGCUUCAAGGGCGGUUGUGAGGAGCUCCGGGCUCGCACCCUCGCCUUCAGCUCUUGCGCGCUCCGGGCGCUUGGGCUCCAGUCCCCGCGGGGCUACUCCUUCCUCCCUGAAGCUGUGUGCUUCCCCAUGUGACUGAGGGGACCUGGUAGUGAACACAGUACCGGCCACCCUAAAGAAGCUGUGCGGUCCCAAUUCUUUUUCUGGGCUUGGUGUAGAUACUGAACCUAUUGUAAGAGCCAGUAAAUCCAGUGGAAAAUGGCCUUCAGCGAUCUUACUUCAAGGACAGUGCGUCUUUAUGGUAAUUGGCUCAAGCAUGCUGAUCCAAGAGUUGAAGACUGGCUCCUCAUGUCCUCGCCUCUGCCACAAACCAUCAUCUUGGGACUCUAUGUCUAUUUUGUCACUUCCCUGGGACCAAAGCUCAUGGAAAAUCGAAAGCCCUUUGAACUCAAGAAAGCGAUGAUAACGUACAAUUUUUUCAUAGUACUCUUUUCUGUGUAUCUGUGUUAUGAGUUUGUAAUGUCUGGCUGGGGGACAGGUUAUUCAUUUCGAUGUGAAAUUGUUGACUAUUCACAGUCGCCUACAGCAUUGAGGAUGGUACGCACCUGCUGGCUUUAUUACUUCUCCAAAUUUAUCGAGCUACUAGAUACUAUCUUUUUUGUUCUGCGUAAGAAAAAUAGCCAAGUGACUUUCCUGCAUGUCUUCCAUCAUACCAUCAUGCCAUGGACCUGGUGGUUUGGAGUCAAAUUUGCUGCAGGAGGUUUGGGAACGUUCCAUGCCUUUGUAAACACAGCCGUGCAUGUGGUCAUGUAUUCCUACUAUGGACUGUGUGCAUUGGGACCAGCCUACCAGAAGUAUCUGUGGUGGAAAAAAUAUUUGACAUCAUUGCAGCUCGUCCAGUUUAUUAUUGUCACCAUCCACAUAGGCCAGUUCUUUUUCAUGGAGGAUUGCAAGUACCAGUUUCCAGUCUUUCUGUACAUCAUUAUGAGUUAUGGGUUCAUCUUUCUGCUGCUCUUUCUCCAUUUUUGGUACCGAGCCUACACGAAAGGUCAGAGGCUGCCCAAAACUGUGAAAAACGGAAUCUGCAAAAACAAAGACCACUGAAAUUCAAGCACCACAUGAAUCUAUGAAUGAAACUGAUCCCUGGUCUUCCUUGACAAUCAAGAUAUAUUUCCAUGUGCAGUGCAUUUUGUAUAUUUUUCAAAAUCAAGAGCUUGUAUUUUUAUGGUAAGCUAUGGGGGUUUCUGAUAUUUGAGAGCUCAAACUCCCAGACGACAGAGUCUUCUGAUAGUGAAGCAGGCAGUUUUUCAGCUGCUUUUAAGCCUCAUCUAAAGGUUCUGGUUGAUACAUUCUGUUACAAUAAAGGAUUGUGUGAAAUUGUACAGUACUUUUCAAAGAAGUUCAAUAUAAAUGAAAAAUAUCAUUGGAUAUUUUGAGUACGGACAGAGAUCCGUGCUGUACAGUGGAAUCCUUCUGCCAGGUCUGAAAACCUCCAGAUGUGGGCUCUGGCUUUGCAGCCUUUUGACUAUACUCAGAAGACACUGUGUUUAUUCUAGAGUUCAGUUCCCAUUCUGAAGAACUAACAAAGUGAACAUUAAGUGAAUUUUAGAUAGGUUGUCAUUUACCAUCACUAACAAUUUUUUCAUGGAUCUCUGGAGUACCCACCACCAGUUUUGCUGAUGAGACUUUCUUACAACCUUCGGUUGUAUAAAGUGUUUAGAAGUGACACUUCCUUUGACAAGCACACUGAUGCACUUGACACUAAGGUUAAUGUUUGAAAACAGGUGAUUUGUUCUGAUGGAUUAAUCGACACUUUGCAAUGACUGUUUUUCAAUUAUGUUUGUAUAUUUCUAGAAAGAGGUGAGUUUGUCAAUGGAAAAAGCACUGUGUUAUUUCACUAGGAAAACUACUGUGUUAUUUUAGUCUGUUGUCUGUUGUGUUGUAAUGUCACUUUCUAACAUUGCAAUGGUUUAAAAGGUUAUCUUUUUGUGUGUGGGGGGGAAUUCUUUUUUUAAAAUUAUUUUAUUGUUGUUCAAUUAGAGUUGUCUUUUCUCCCCACCCCUUGCCCCACCGCUCCAAACCCACCUCCCUCCCUUGCUUCCACCCCUCCCCCUUUGGUGUUGUCCAUGUGUCCUUUAAAAGGUUAUCUUGGUUAAAUGCAUAGUGGUUAGAUGUAAAUGCUUGUGUCAUUAGCACACUGCAGGUAGCCUGAGAUCAUCAAUGAUUUCAGACCACCCAUUGCAGUUUGCAGACAUGUGGCCUGUGAAGCAAUUGGAGGCACAUGGUGACACAGAGAUUAUCUGGGGAAGAUUUAGUUAUACAAGCAGCUCUCUCAGCAGAGACCACAUAAUAGUUAUUGUUCUAGAUAUACUGCAUGAAAAAUAUUUUUUGGAAUUAAUAAUUAACAGCCUGGACUUCUUUUUACAAACUUAUAACUUAUACAAUGAAGGACUAAAAUUUAUUUUGCUUCUUUAAAAUUGCUACUUUUAAAAAUUCUCUUGUUCUCAAACCCAAACUAAUGGUCAGUAGAUUUUUGUCCAAGAAACACAAAUAUUUAGACAUCUAAAUUUUUUUCUUUUAUAGCUUGUUUUUCCCUGCUAUAUUUAUACUGUAUUUUUGAAGGGCUCCUUACGCUUGUAUAACUUUGAACAAUUAGUACUGUGUGACUCAGUUAUUGUGUAACACCCAGUGAUGCUCACUGUAAAAAAGAGUCUGACUGUUUACUCACUAGUAAUCGCCCACAGUCUGCAUCUUCCCAGCCUAUUAAUCUGUUCCAUGGCCUUUCACACUUAGCAGAUUCAUAAGGUUAUGUGCCUUGAAGUGACCUUUAGUGACUUCACUUGCUUAUAGUAUGAGAAGAUGAGGGUUGAAAAUGGGAGGAAAUUGACAGUUUUAAACAUAAAGAAUAAGGAACAGGAGAGCAGAGCUAACAGGAACAGAGAUCUAAUUUAUUUCUCGGAGAGACUCAGGAUUCCUGAGGUGUCUUUGUGUUUUGCCUCUUCAAAUCGGACUCGUGCUAAAUGAGGUGUGGUAGGUGCUGCUACAUAUACACACAAUUGCCAAAGACCCCAGCAGGGUAGAGACCAAAAGCAAAAAACAAAACAAAACAUAAAAAUGAAGAAAAUAAAAGAAUAUAAAGCAAGAGAUUUUGAUUUAUUUCCUUGUAUACUUUCUAACCUGCCUGGUACAACCUCUCCUAUCUGCCUGGUAGUCUUUGAGACAUUUGACAUGCCUAUCAGCUAACAGCAACAUGUGAGGGAAACAUUCUAAGUUGCAUGAAUCAAAGUGGAGAGCUAGAAUGUUACAUGAAAAGGAAUCACAGCUGGCAGAAGCAUCCUCCAUGUAAAUAAACAUGAGCAGAUCAAAAUGCAUACCCAGAUGCAGAACUUGUACAGGCAGUGUUUAUCAAAGGGCUUGGUGGGUCACAGAGUUUCUACUGGGACUUCAUCCCACUUUUCGGGACAUUAUUGCCUUUGGAUUUGCUCACUUAACAAACUACAAGAUCUGGUUCAUAAGGCUCUAUGAACCCUUGAAAACAUGUAUAUUGUAAAUAAAUAGAAAUGCAAAAUGUUAAUUGUGUAAGGGACAUUGCAAUUUCACAGUUUUAAUUUAGUAGAGUUAAUUGAGUAAAUUACAUUGUUAUCUAAAUUAUAAGAUUAUGAGGUUACAUUUUCUCAUUCUAUCCCUUCUUUCUGUCAUGUUUUUAAAGACUGUGGAGACCUCUGGAGAUUUAGUUUUGUUGUGAGUAUGUGUAUUAUAAUAAAUUUGUGCUGUUACAUGUAUGUGUGUAUUAUAACAAAUUUGUGGCAUUGUGUGUGUGUGUCUUCCAUUUGGACUCUAACUGCAUAUGUUUGCAUGGGCAGGUGGUUUUUAACAUAAAUACUCAUUUAUCCAAAGCAUUUUACACAUCUGUUGUAUACCUGCUAUGUUCAGAGCCCUGUGCUAGACAUUAGAGUGAUACAGAGGUGCCUGUGGCAUAGUUGGGACCUCCUGGAGCUCACAGACUGGAAGAGGAAAUUAUGUUACCGGACAGUGUAUGAUAGUUGCCACAUGGGUAGAAAUCCUGUCACCUGGCAAACAGGAAAGGCUCUAUGAAGAAGUUUGAAUUUGAGUUCUGUGUUUAAGAUGUACAGAAUUUCAAAGUGGGUGGUGGGUUAAUGGGCAAAGUGUUCUAAGUGAAAAGAAAUAAAUCAAAGGCCAGCAAAAGGAACAUAUGAGAAAAGUUGCAGGAGGCUUCCUGUAGGUGCUUAUAGAGAAAUGAGGCCAGCAAGGGAGGCGGGCUUUGACCAGGGGGAGGCACUGCUGCAGGAUCUGGGAGGAUUCUCCAGGCCAGUGGAUGUAUUCAGUGGUUUGUGAGAGAGAAGAGGUGUGAUCAAAGUGGUACCUUAAGAAGUGUCAUCAGGUGGAGUGCAGUUGGGUAAGGGCAUGAGGCAAUAAAAGCAAAGUUAAAUAAGUUGAUUGAGGGUAAGGUGAAGAGAGCUGCUGUGUGUGAUGGAAAUAAAGAGGCUGAAGUGUGAGAGCUUAUUAUGGUGAGUUGGAUCUGGAGACUGACCAGCAAAGGAUGGAACGUCUAGCUCGGGCCAGGGCAGCAGCGUGGGGGCGUGGAAAUCCGGCUGCAUUUGAAGCUGUGAGGCAUGGAUGUUAGCUGCCAUGUGACCUUGGACAAGCCAGUUAACCUCUCUCACCUUUUGUUUCUUCCUCUACAAAAUUAGAAUACUAGUACACGUUCUUCUUGCUGGAUUGUUGUGUGGCUUAAAUGAGAUGAUGUAUUUAAAAGCCUUUUGUAGUAAUUGGUAAAAAUAUGAAAUAACAUAUGCAUAGAGAUACAGACUCAGCAGAGUUGAGUGGAAAGGAAAAAAAUGAGUCCCUAGCUUAAGAUGGGGUGAGCAUUAUGGUUCUUCCCACUUCAGGGAGAAUACAGUGUGUGUUGAUUGGGGUGGGUUGGGAUAAAAGUUGUAAAUGUUUCUAGCAGAUGUUUCCAACAGUGGAACAGGCUCAUCUCAUGUCCUGUGAUCCUAGGCUGCCCCAGAGCAAGGACUAAAAGUCUCUUACUUUUAUGUGGUUAUCUGGAUGUUGUCAUGGCUUUUACUGACAGCUGGUAUCAGGUCAGACUGUACAUGUACAUACAACCCCCAGAUUCUUGCAAACUACAAUGCUAUUAACAUCCAAAGAGCCUUUGUGUCUAAAUUCAGCCUGUAGCAUUAUGGAAAUAUUGCUGUAUCUUCUAUAUAUUCCAGGGCCCAUCAUAUUCCAUUAUAUGAGGGGAUAGUCUGGUUACUACAGAGGGAAAGCUUGUUACAAGAUUGUAAUGGCUUAAACUGCCCAGCCUACACCAGGGGCCAUUCUUCGCCUAGUACUCAUCAACUUCAAUAGGGAUGAUGUAAGCCUCUGACGGUCUGAAUGUGAAAGCUGAGCAUUCAGAGCUGAUGUUUUCUGUCUGAAAAGCUGCACAAACCCUUGUCAGUGUGUCUUGUGCCUGCUUUGUGUUACCUUGUCCAUGAAUCUGUUCCUUUGUUUCUUUUUAUUCUUGUGCCGCUCAUCCUACUUCAGGCCCAGACACUUUUGCCUAGAUUAUAGAAUUAUCCUUGGUAUUAAUAAAUUUUUCCCCCAAUAUAAAGACCUUUUAUCCAACAAGGCUGCUGUGUUGGAGAGAAGCUUAGUGCAGUGGUCAAGAGCACAGACUUUGGAACCAGUCCAUCUGGUCAAAUCCCGGCUCUGUCCCUUAGUGGCUAUGUGACCUGGACAUCCUCUCUGUGUCUUCGUGUCCUCACUGGAAAUGGGAAGGAUGACAUCACUUCCCUCCUCAGUGUGGUGUGCGGAUUAGAUGAGUUAAUAUGGGACCGACUUUCAGAGCAGUGCCUUCUUUCUAGUUGUUCAGGCCUCCAACCUCAGAGGCAUCCUCAGCUCUUCCCUCUCUCUCGCUCAGCAUCAGAGGCUUCACCUUGAAGAAUAACCAGAAUCUGACCACUCUGGGCCCUCCUUAUAUCAUGCCUCAGUUUGUGGAACAGCUUCCUACCUGACUUGCUGCUCCUGCCCUCACCUCCUUCUACCAUUGACUGUCUGCAUGUCACUCUUACUCAAAACCCUCCAGUGACAUCUGGUUUGACCCAGAGAAAAAAACAGAGUUUUUGCAGUGGUCUGCAAGGCCCUCCAUGGUCUGUCUCCCACCUGCCAUUGCACCUCCAACCUCAUCUCCUGUGAUGGCCCCCUUGGCUCCCGCUGCCCAGUCACACGGCCUCCUUGUGUCCACCGGCCCAUGCUAAUAAGCACAUCUCUGUCUCAGAGCCCUUGGUGCAACUUUUGCCUCUGCCCGGGGGCUCUUUCCCAAGUGACUGCUUGGCCCUCACCUCCUUCAGUGUUCGUUCCCACGUCACUUUCUCAGCGAGGCUCUGUUUACAUUACAACCUAUACCUUGCUCUCUCUCUGCCUUGCUCUUUCAUUCUUCCAUACAGCACUUAUUACCUUAUAACAUGCUGUACAAUUGACUUAGUUGUUAUUUAUAUUGCUGUCACUCUCAGUGAGGCCCUGUUUACAUUCUAACCUGUGCCUUGAUGUGUCUCUGCUCCUUCUUUCCUCCAUACAGCACUUAGUACCUUUUAACAUGCCAUGCAGUGGACUUAGUUGUUAUGUAUACUGUGUUUUGACUGUCUUCCUCAUUAUAAAGGAGGGUAGUCCUGUCCUCAGGGUAGACAUGGUGGUUUGUUUUGUUCAUUGCCAGUCAGUAGAACAAUGGCUGGCAUAUUACAGAAGUGAAAUGUCUCUCCUCUGGAAUUUGUCAGGUAUUUUCCUCAUGAUUAAAUUAGUUUUUUAGGAAGAAAACAAUAGAGGUAAAGUAUUCUUAUCACGGGUGUCAUAUCAAGGGUACAUACUAUCAGUAUGACUUUCCAGUAUUGAAGUUAACCUUGACCACCUGGUUGAGGUAAUGUUCCUCUUUUUCUUUCUCCUUUUAUACUUUAUUCUUUGGAAGGGAGUAACUGCACACGGAUACCGUGUGGCCUAGUUGGUUGGGCAUUGUCCCACAAAAACAAAAGGUCACGGAUUCUAUUCCUGGUUGGGGCAAAUGCUGGGGUUGUGGUUUGCUCUUCAGUAAGGGCGUAGACUAGAGACGGCUAAUUGAUGUUUCUCUCUCAUACUGAUGUUUUUCUCCCUCCCUUCUCUAAAAAAAAAUAUCCCCCUUGAGGGCAAAAUAUCUGCAUAAGCUGUUUAUGCAUAAACUGAAUUCUUCUGCGUGGGUAAGUUGCCUAUUCUCUUCUAUUAUUUAUUCAGUCACUUAUUUAUAUUAGUAUGGACUCACAAAUAUGUAUUUUAUACUUUGGGUUAUAAUUCAAUAAUACAACCUUACUUAUUUUAUUGUUCACAUUCUUUUAUCUUGAACCAUUGGAAGGUCUUCCAGGUGGCUCCUUUGUCACUUUGACACACCCACUUCCUUACUUUCUGGCACUACAAGAUGCUCCAAGCUCAUCUUAUAUAUUUCCUGCCCUAGUGUUAGAUCAGCUAAUUUUCCAAGGGGCCCCGGUGCUUUUGGUUGGAGAAUGGUUUUAGAAACCAAGAGCUGGCACCAGGUACUCUAAUUGUUACUGGAGUAUCAUUGCCCUAGGGCCUCCCAGCUGUCAGGGCAGGGAGGAUAUGUGUAUACUAACCAUAGUAUAUUCACAUAUCUAUAAAUAUUUCUGUAUUAAUGAUCUGUAUCUAUAUUAGGAUAAACAAUUCAUAUUGAUAUCUCCAAACAUGAUCUAUCAUUCUAGCCUUUGCCAGUUCUUAUCAUCUAUAAUUCCAUUUACCAUUUACUUAAUAGUUCAAGUCUAGUAUGCGUGUAUAGUGGUUCCAGAACUGGUAACCCAUACUCCACUUUAUCAACUAGAGCUCCUUUUGUCAUUCAUUUGCAAACUCCACUUAUUUCCACAAUUGCUUGGGUCAGCGUCUUUCUCCCUCAUCCUCCUCACUGAGGGUGUUCCAUAUAUUUGUAAUACAGUUAGAUUCUUUUGUCACAUUCUACAUUUCUUCCCAGGACCUUCUCCACUUCUAAAUGAUUUCAAAUGUUUGGCAUUCUUUAAGGUUGACUCCUUGUGCUAUAAAGUGCUUUGAGUUUUGACAAAUAUUUGGUGUUAUAUAUCCACCAUUACAGUAUCAUAUGAAACAGUUUCAAUGCCCUAAACCUCCUCUACACGUCACUGGUGCACCCCUCCCUACCCUGAACUCCCGGCAUCUGCUGAUCUGCCUGCCAUCUCUAUGGGUUUGCCUUUUCCAGAAUGUCAUACAAAUGAAAUCACGUACUAUGCAGCCUUUUUAGAUUGACUAGUUCCACUUAUAAAUUUGUAUUUAAAGUUUCUCCAUGUCUUUCUAUAGUUUGAUAGCUUAUUUCUUUUUAUUGCUCUAUAAUACUCCAUUGCUUUUUAUUCAUUUGCCUGUUGAAGGACAUUUUGGUUGCUUCCAUUUUGGGGGUGAUUAUGAAUAAAGCUGCUAUAAACAUUCACAUGCUGGUUUUCAUGUGCAUACUGGUUUUCAGAACAGGUGGAUAAAUGCAUAGAAGCACAGUUGCUGGAUUGUGUAAUAGAAAGACACAUUUAAAUUUGCAGGGGAAAUGCCAGGAUGUCUUCCAAAGCAGCUCUGCCAGUCUGUAUUCCCACUAGCAAUGAGUGAGAGUUCCAGUUGCUCCACAUUCGCUCCACAGUUUGGUGUUUUUAGUUUUUUGCAUUUUAUUUUCUGAUCUUUGCUUAUUUCCAUACAUUCUCCAGUCUUCUUUCAAUGUUUCUCCUCCAUGAAAUCUUUAUAGAUCUUAUUAUCUCUUAGCAGCACCUUCCUCAUUUGAAUUUUUAUUGCACUACAGUGGAGUUACAUCAUACUCAUAUACAACUGACUCCAAUUCAACUAUAGAUCCAUGAUCUUUUCCUAUGAUUACAAAACCCAAAAAGCCUGGAACCCAAAGUUUGUAAAUUUGCAGCACAUUAGUUGGUAGCAAAACCUGAGAAGCUGUUUAUCUUCUCAUUCAUCCACAUAGGGCGAGGUGUGCAUAUAUUUUAAUGUAGAAAUAUGAAUGUGUUUGCCCUGACUGGUCAGACUCAGUGAGUUGGGAUUGUCCCACAAACUGGAAGGUCACCAGUUUGAUUCAAGGUCUGUGCACUUGCCUGGGUUGUUGGCCAGGUUCCCAGUUAUGGACAUACGAGAGGCAACUGAUUGAUGUUCUUCUCCCUCCCUCCCUUCCCAUCUCUCUAGAAAUAAAUGAAUAAAAUCUUUAAAAAUAUAUGAACGUGUUUGAUUAUAGGGGGCUGCCUGAAUCUCUUCUGCGAUGUUAAACAAUAUACAUGUACAGUAUAUCCCCUCAGAAAUACUGUGGAUCACAUUUGUUAAUUCUGGGCUGGGGGUGGGAUGGAUAUAUUUUAAUUCUCUAGGGAGUGGUAGGGAAUGGAUCUGAAGGGGCUGACAGAUACCUGUGUUCCUGAGAGCAGGGGACCUGCACCUUCUCUCCAAUAGUGUCUCUGGAGAUAGUAUGUGGUCAGAGAGAGCCUGGUAAAGAUUUCCAGGCCUUGAGGCUGGUUCUAAUGGAGAAAGGAGCUGUUGAAUCCAUGGAGUAGGGUAGGGAGGGAUAUGAAUGGACAUCAUGGGAGCCAUCUCUAAUGUCAGAUGACAAAAGGAAUAUUCUAGCUCUCCACCCUCCCAUACCUUGAUAAAACUGUGGAAAGAACUGAGGGUGUAUUUCUAUCUGUUAAAAAUAAAUAAUAGCAAACUAGUAAGAAUAAAUGUCAAGGUUAGAAGUUCAGUGUGACUAUUAAAAAAUAGAAGUUCUAUUUUUUUGGAGUCAUGAGUUUGUGGACUAAGAAUUCUACCUGAUAUAUAGACAUAGUGUAUCCUCACAGUGAAGUUGUUACUCUCCCCAUUUUUAUUAAAAUGAACUGCCCAGGGUCUCACGUCUGGGAGGCCUCUGAACCAGCUUUCAGCCCUGAGACAACCACAGAGCUCAAUGCGGUGUCAUUGUGGUUUCUGUCCUUGACAGCCCUGUGGUGUCGUGGGGACUGAUUACUUACAGUAUGGUACUAUAUCCAUGUCUUUCCCCUGCCUGUCUACUGUAUAACUUUUCUGCUUUCUUCCUUGUACCAUUUUACUAAGUAAACCAAGAAAAUUGCUUUUCGUAAUCCCCCUACCCAUUGUAAGACUAAUCACAGUUGCCAAGAGAGAAACUUUGAAGACUGUGAUUUUAAGAAUAUGAUUCAGUUUCACACCUAUAGGCAAAGUGGCCUAACAUGCAAUUCCUCAUUGAAAACACAUUCCCUUUGUCGUCAUUUACUUCUUCCACUGGAGAGCACUUUUGUAUAAAACUACAAUUUUUUUUGUCCUCUUCAAGCCAAGAAUUCUUUUAAAGGAGUGGCACCUAGCUCCUUGUCCCUGACUACAGGAGAGAGAGGACCACCUGGGGCUGCUGGGUAGUGGUGGCGGCGGGAUGUGAGGUUGGGUUUCGUAUCCAGUGGGUUCCUUCCCACUUGGAUAACUUUGCCAACUUCUUCCUCCUGGGCUCCUAAUGACCACCAUGGACUGAUUCUGCAGACUCUUUUGGUCUCCCAUCCCGGAGUGGAGCAUAUAAAUCUCCCAACUAAAUAUAAUGACUACUUUGAGAAUCUUGUCACCUGGGAUUCAAGUCACAGGUAGUUUUUACACAUAAUGGAAUAUUAUUUAGCUUUAAAAAAAAGAAGGAAAUUCUGAUAUGUGUCAACAUGAUGAAUCUUGAGGACAUUAUGGUAAAGAAAAUAAGCUAAAAAGACAAAUACUGUAUGAUUCCACUUGCAUAAAAUAGUCAAACUCAUAGAAAUGGAAAGUAGAAGGGUGGUUGCCAGGGACUGGGGGAAGGGAGGGGUGGGGAGUUAGUAUUUAACGGAUACAGAGUUUCAGUUUUGCAAGAUGAAGAGAGUUCUGGAAAUUAGUUGCACAACAAUGUGAAUGUGCUUAACACUGCUGAACUGGACACUUGGAAAUGGUUAAGAUGGUGUGACUUGUAUGUUACUCUUUCCCCUUUACAUUUACUAGAUUAUGCUACUAUUGUAAAAGGAGUUGGAAAGCUUUUAAAAGUGUGUUCAAACACUUUCACAGAGCAUAUGGAUUUUAUAUGGCUUUAAGAAACCAUUCGGGUUAUUCUCUGUACUCCCUUCCACAUAUCUCCAUCUCGUAGGACAUUUUACCUGCCCCGCCUGAUACCCACCUCUGGCCUUGCUGCCCUGCAUUCACCAUUCCCACUGUUCUCUAUGUCAAACCAUCUCCAGGGCUGGGACAGACCAGGUUCUCAGUGAGGCUACAUGUCUGUGUGCUGGUAAAAGGGCAGAUCCUGUGGAGUGAGGGGAGGGCAAAGGUAAGCCCUGUGCUCAGACACUCACCCCCUUCACCUCUCACCCAUCCUUCCCUCCUCCCCACAGAAGAUCCAAACAAAGUUCCAAGUUCCUGUGCCAUCUCUUUUCCUCCCUCUAGGGACUCCGGAGCCCCUGCUAUUGAAGGCUUUUGAGACAUGUUUACUGGCUUUGUGUGCCUCUGUGUUCCAAAACUCCUAUUAUGAACUCCCUUCUCAUUUUUGUAUUUACUUACCUGAGUAUAAAAGAAAAAGGGGAAACAGAGAGCAAGGGGGCUGCUGGGGAGAGCUUAGGGUAGAGCCCAUAAUUAGAUUCCCCAUUGUCUAGAGAAAUGUUUAGAGAACCACAAAAUGGGUGUGUGCCUGCUUCAGUGACAGGAAGUGACAGCGAUAUCUCACAGCCACCGCCCUAGAACGCUCACUGUGCACAACUGUAAAGAGCCUUCCACCUGGAAUGCUAACAUGCACCCUUGCCCAGCCAAUCUUUUCUGCAUUAGCUAAUAUUCAUUUUAAAAUACAGAUCCAAUUAUGUCUCUUUUCUGCAUAAGGCUUCCCAUUUAUGGAUGAUUCAAAACUAAAAUCCUGAACUUGCUCUCAAGGCCCCGUGGAGUCAGCAUCUGGCCAGCCUUCCAGCCACUCCAAUAGCUGCUGUCCCUAGUUUUUGCCUGUAUCAAGACUUCAACAUUCUUUUGCCUUCUCAAGUAUUCCAAGUCCCUCUUUUUACCGCUACCUGACUGCCUCCCUAGCCCUCUGCCACCACCACUGCUGCCCCCAGCACAUACACAGCCCCCUCACCCCUAUCCAUUUUUCGGGUCUUAUAUCCAAGUUCAUAUUUUUCAGGAUGCUUUCACUAACUACCCAGAGUAUGUCUGAUUCCCUUCGGUAUGCCUAGAACUCAGUGUGCCUGUUUUUAGAGCAUGCACAGUAUUUUCAGUUAAAUGUUUGUAUGAUCUUCUAGUUCAUGUUUGUUCUGCCUUCUAGACCAUAAGCUCCAUGAAGGCCACAGCUGUGCUUGUCUUGCUUCAGAUUUCAUCCUGGGUGCUUCGCAUGGCCCUGUGCAGAAUAAUCACAUGAAAAUAUUUGUUAAAUCAAUAUAAAAAUUUAUCAGUAUUUAAAUGAUAAGGUAUGAGUGUGUUCUGUAUCACACUAAGUCAGGUGUCGAGGUGUAGAAGGAUUAAUUCAUGACAUCUUAUUUUUUCCCUGCCUGAGUUUAGAAGGAAUUUGGAGAUAGAUUCAGGAGCCAGGCAGGUAAAAAUAAAAACUUCACUACAAGUACUAAAGAAAAAUGGUAUAAAAAUACCAUUUCCAAGUAAGAGGAGUGGAGACUCUUGGAGAAACGAAGGAGUUCAGGUCUGUAGAAGGAACUAUAUCUGAUGAGCUUGAAAACUCCUAUUGUAGAAUUAAAGACAUUACUCACAGAUUAGUGGGAUAUGUUGAAGGGACACAGAAGCUGGUUUCAGAAAGAUAAUAGUAUUGGAUCAUAAUUCAUUAAUAAACAAAGUAUUCAUGUGCUCAUAACGAUACUCAAAAAAAAACAGUAAGUGGAGUGAAGGUGAAGAGAGCUCUUCUUUACACACAAAGCCAGUUAAAAACUGUAGAAGGUGUGAUAGAGUUAAAACAUUGCUGUUUGCAACCAUGGUUGUAAUCACAAGUUUUCAAAGGAUGCAAAAACACUGGGUAUGAGUUUGUGGAGAAACAGGAUAUUCAUAUGGUUCCAUAUAAUCACCCUACAGAUUAUUUAUUAGGUAUAAAAGAAACCUUUAAAAUGAGGGAAUCUGGUGGGUACUAUGUCAACCAAGUGAUCAAGCUCAGCAUCGGAGACAAUGGGGCAAACCGACAUGUUCUUUCUGGUGUGAUGCAGUAGGCAGGAAACAUCAUGAAUAGUACUCUUGCUCAAUAUUUAAUAUGAAUCUAAUAAUAAGGAAGCGUCAUUAUGGCACAUUCUAUGACACAGUCAGUCUGGCCUUCUUAAAUUUGUCAGCAUCUCAUAUAAAGGAGGGAGAUUAUUCCAGAUUACGAAGAGGAAAGAGACAAGACAACUAUGCAGCAUGCCGUCUUUAAAAUAAGUAUAGAGGACUCAUGGACAUGGACGGCAGAGUGGUGACUGCUGGGAGGAGGGGGACAUAGGAGGACCAAAUGGUAAUGGGGAAACUGCCAUAAAGAUGAAAUAAAAAAAUACAUAAGUAUAGAGGGAAUUUUGUGGUAAAUUGGAGAAAUUUAAAUAUGGAUUGCAUAUUAGAUAAUGUAUAUUUGUUAAACUUCCUGGGAGUAAAAAUGGUAUCAUGGUGAAGUAGAAAAAUGCCCUUGUUCUUAGGAGACGCUUUUUGAACUAUAUAGGUUCAGCCUCCUCCCAACCAUGAGAGAGAGAGAGAGAGAAAAAGGGCACAAAUGGAGCACAAUGUUAACAACUGAUGAAUGUAUCUGGAGGGCAUAUAGGUGUCAUGGGACUGUUUUUUCAACUUUUCUGAAGGUUUGAAAUUUUCCCAAGUGAAAUUGGAGAGAUAAGCAGUUAAGGAGAAGAUGGUUUAGGCUUGUUGACUAAAUGGGCUUGCUGAUCCUUCCUUAUACCUAAAUUAGAUAGACUCACCUGGCUGAAGUCACUUGUAGAGAACCACAGGCUUCUCCCACCUCGUGUCCCCUCUGCCCCUUGCCACAGAGCCUCUUAGUAUAAAAUGUAUGGCUCAGAGCAGCAAAACAGGCUUGGUAAACUUGGCAGGUGGGCAGAUCCCACAGAAACCCCUGUAGGGCCUGAGCCAUUCUUGCCCAGUUUCACUUCUAAAUUCACUGUUCAGAGAAGUUGCAAGGCUAGGAAUAUUACUCUGAGACAGAGUUCUCAGACUAGAGUGCACUUUAGAAUCACUGGGAUCUUCUGCCCAGAUCAUAACCUAGAACCAUUAAAUCAUAAUCUGUGGGGGUGGAAGCCAGGCGUCAGUAGUUUUGGAAGCUCCCCAAGUGGUUCCAGUGUGCAGACAAGUUUGAAAAGGGCUGCUUCAAGGCAAGUCUCUCCGUGUGGAAAUAUGAUUAACUGAGGAAUAAGUAUCACUCCCAACAUCAGUCAGGGAAGACAAGCAACCCAACUGGGGCCUCCAGGUUGUGAUAGGUUGCAGGCUCAGAAGGGCAAAAAAGCUCCUUGGGGCUGUAGAAAGUAGAGAGAACCUGCCCCUACAGCCAUCCAGCCCCUACCCUGCUUCAGUCCCUUUCUGUGGCCAUAGUAUUGUAAAACUUCUACAUUAGUUUUGGUAGCAAUUUUGUAGGCCUCAUAGGAUUUUCUAUAUAGAUGCUGGUUGUCUACAAAUAAAGACAGUUUAACUUUUUCUUUCCAAUCUGGAUGCUUUUUAAUUCCUUUUUCUUGCCUCAUUGCAGUGGUUAGAGCCACCAGUGUGAUGUUAAAUGAAAUGGAGAGAAAAGACAUCAUUGUCUUUUUGCUGAUCUUGGGGAGAAAAUUUUCAGUCUUGGCCAUUAUGGCUGAUGUGAGCUGGAGUACUGCCAUAGAUUUUUAUUAGUAUCAGGUUGAAGAAGCUUUCUUCUGUUCCCCAGUUUGUUGAAAGUUUUAUUUUUUUAAUCAGGAAUGAGAGUUGGAUAUUGUCAGGUGAUUUUUUCUAUUAUUUCUUUUUUCUUAUCCUAGAAAAAUCCUUCUAAAAUAGAAAUUUUAAAUGUAACAAAAAUAGACAGAAUAGUGGUAUAAACCUUCAUGUACCCAUCAUCCUGGAGAGUCUCAGGCCCCAGUGAAGUCCUGAAGAAUUAGAAACUCCGGCCAGGGUCCAGCAGUCUGUUUUAAGUACUUCUGCAGGUGACUCUGAGGCAUGUCAAGUUCUAAAACCACUGCCCUAGGACAUUAAGGAGUCUUUUUAAAAAAUGACUAAAAUACAAUUACCAAGCUUAAAAUGUUAAGGUCCAGUUUUUGUUUAUUUUCAAAUAUCUACUUAGUGUUCUGGCUUCCAAUUUUCUAAUUGCUUUAAAAAUUUUUAGUUUUUGUUAUUUUUAUAGUUGGUUGAAUUAUGAACCAAAUAAUGCCCCCCCACUGUGAUUAACUGAUUUGGCUCUUAAAUCUCUUUCGUGUUCUGCCUUCACCUGCCACCCUCCGUCUUCCUUGCAAUUGCACACACCUGGUCAUUUAUGGAACCUCCCCCAUUCCAGGUUUUCUGGUUGCAUCCCCUCAUAUUCUCCUAACCUCUACAUUUCUCAUAAACUGGUAGUUAAAAACAUUACAGUGAGGUCAGGUUUGGGUUGCAUUUCGGGGGCAAGAAUUCUUAGCAGAUGGUGUUGUGGUCCCCGUCUCAAAGCUUCUGACCAACACUUGGUUCUAGCUGUUUGCUCUGCAGCUCUGUAGCCACUCCAGGCUCUGCCUCGGCCUCCUAGCUCAUCAUAUCCUCUUUCCUCUCAGCUCCCUGGGUUCUUUAUUUCUCCUUGCCCAGUUUGGAGACCUGACAACUCUCCUCAUGGCCUUUAUCUAACAUUCCUUUAAAAUGCUACUUCUGGUAACUUCAGCUUCAAGUACAGAAGAACAGGCAAGAGUUGUUCUCUUCCAGGAUACUGCCUAGGUCUUCAGGACGUUUCCUGGCAGGGCCUGCAGAACCCCUCUUCUAGGCCAUAGCUUGCUUGCCUUUGGGAGGGGGUCUCAUGAUUCUGGCAUUUCUGUGAUCACUCCUCUGGUGUCCCCUUCGCCCCAAAGGGGCUACUGUCAGGGGACCUGGAACAGCCUUGCAUAUGGGUUCCAUUGAGCGUCUCCUGGGUCCCGGUGUGAGGAUGGGCAGGGGACAACUCGAAAGUGAGCCACUCACCCUCCUGAUUUCUUGUUGGAGCUGGAAUCAAGGCACUGCCCAUUAUUAAUUCCAGGAGCAACAGAGAAAAUUAGAUUUAAAAAAUGCAGUUGAACAGGUUUGAAUGUUUAGAAAGCCUCUCUUUAAUUUUAAACGAAAGAGAGAAAAUCCAUAAACAGUAUACCCAAUCAAGCUUGAAACCAAAUGCUGGGGUUUUAUACUCUAAAGAAAAUCCUUUCCUCCCUUUGCUUUCAUAGUUGGUUUUUGAGUUACAAUGUAGAUGACUAAAUUCCCGGUAAUUUGUGAGUUGGCUGCUGUUUCCUCGUUGGUCUGGGGCACACUCUUUCUCGUUUCCUUUUUCGUCCUCACAAGUGCACGAUCUGCUUCUGUUAACCUUGGCUGGGGAGGACGAAGACGGGAGGUGGCAUGAGGAGGUCUGCUCAGUGCUGGUCAUUUUUGUUUUGUGAUCUGGGUGCUGGUUACAAGGACGUGUUCAGUGUGUGAAACUUGCCCAAACGUUAUACUGCUAAUCUCUGCGUUUUUCUCUCCAUAUAUUAUAACCCAAUAAAAAGUUGAAAGAAAGAUGAUCUGUUCCAGAGAUAAACAAAAGAAUAAAAUAUAAAGUAAUCAUCAUCAGUAAGGACAAAUGCUUAAAAUGGCUUUGUAUUUUAUAACCAAGCCAGUUUCAGUUACUUGGCUCUGAAAGAACAGACAAGUGGCAGUGUUGUAGGCGAACACAACCACCAUUGUGGCCUUUGUUACUCCGUGAGAUAGCCCAACACGUACACAUACCCUGCCCCAACCCCGGCUCACAGACCUUCCUUGUUCCCCAGCAGCUUUGCCUCACAGUCUCAUUUCCAUCCUGUCUGGCUUUGUGUUGCUGACCACGGCCCCAUGCGGGGCUCCCCAGACCUCUGUGUGUGUUUGUGGUCUGUGGGCCUUGCUUGCCAGGACUCUGUGCUGCUGCCUCCAAGAAAUUCUCUGUUCAAUAUCUUUUGCACUCCAUAACCACCUGGUGUAUAGAUAUAUUUUUAAAAAUGUAGUUGACUUGUUGUCCUCUCCCCUACUAGGAUGUCCGUUUCUGAAAAUAAGGGCUUUGUUUUAUCUACUAUAUUCUGACGACAGGAACAGUGCCUGUCAGGUAGUAGGUACUCAUGCAUGUUGAAUAAAUGAAAUGAAGGUAAAUCCUUGUAUUUCUUUGUGGCACUGAUUUGUUAAAUACUGAAAUAAAAAUAUUAUUCAAUUAUUUUAAUGAAAUAGUAUGGUUUUAUAUUUUCUAGAUGUUGUUAAGCUUUCUUCUUUACCCAUGCCCCAAAGAACAUGGUGCUCCUAUUAGUGAGUGGUAUUGCUACAGGCUCUGUGGGCAGACAGGCGUGCGUUUUCCAAUGGAAUGGUGACAUUACAGAUCAAUAACAGUGGAAAUCAAGUCAUGGAUUUUACAACUUUUAAGAACAUCAGCAAAUAGAUUGUCUUGAUGGCUUAAAUGCCAGCAAACACAGCUGAACGUAGUUGCAGAACAAGCAGGUUUCAGCAGAGGCGUUCUUUCAAAACGGCACAUCCAACCUGCUGGGAGACCUUUCGGACACAGAAGGACUGACUGGGGCAGCCGGGAGUCCUGCCGGGAGUGGAGGCAUGACUCCCAGCCACUCCCCACU